ACUUCAAACUUUUUAAACUUUUAUAAAAUUAAGAUUUUAAAUACUAAAGUGAAGAGUUUCAUCCCACCAUAGAAGCCUGCGCAAUUUCCUUAAAUGCUGUAAUGGAUAAAGCAGUUCAUCAUUAUAAUAUCGAAAUGACAUCUGAAAAUGCAUUGAAGGAAUUAAUUGUAUCAAUUUAUGAAAACUGGAAUCAUAAAAUAAGUGAAUUUAAUAAAAAUAUUACGACGUCUAAUGCUCAACUUUCCAUAAUCAUCAUACUAUAUUGUACUUUUCUUGAUGAACUUCGACAAUUUUUCUAUCAUUCAACUAUUCCUUAUAAUACAUCAGAAACUUCAAGUUAUAAAUUUAUUAUUUUAUUUCAAUUUACAAAACGUGUUAUCUCUCAAAUUAUUUACAGUGGAUUGAUUAAUUUUUUACAAUAUAACAUUCAAGAUUUAAUAAAUAGUCAUCAAUUUCAAUCUCACGUAGAAUAUCAGCCUGAACUUAAAAUAUUUGUCGUUCAACAUGAAAAUCUUAAAAGAUAUGCAAUUUUAAUUCAGAAGACGUUCAACAAUGUAUUUCAUCAAAAAGUGCUUCAAUUAUCUUAUGAAUUAUGUGUUCAAUUUUUUCUAUUUUUGCCCAGAAGAUGA